GUCCAGCUGGCAACGUUCAGUUUAGCUUUUUGCUAAGCUCUUUGCUAAAUGCACAGCUUGUGAGUGUGCCGCACGAAACGUCUGUUACCUCAUACAUAUACACCCAUAUACGUGUUAAGUUGUUUGUUAUUCGGUGUCAACUUAAAAAAUAACGACUGACUUAAGAAUGAGGUAAAGGGCAGAAUGAGGUUUCGUGGAAGUGUCAAGCAUUUUCGGUAGGGCACGCGUCCAAGGGGAUGCUAGCAGCUCUUCGACGUUGCAACAAGGAAAAGUGGAAAAGAGAAACAGGCUGUGGAGUUUAAACAGCAAAGGAAAGAGGGAAGUGAGUCUAAACCGUGUUCACCCCACUCCACGGUGGAGCAGCAGCUGCCGCAGGCUCCCACGGACACCAUGGUUUAACUCUUCUGAACAGCACAGUGUGCUAGUGUUGGAGUGUGUGUGUAUUUGUGUGUGUGUGUGAGAGAGUGUGUAGGCUGCGUGGCUCACUAUAUCAACCUCGGUGACUCUAUUGUGUGAAAAGGCCAGUGGUCCAGAAGAUGGGUCAUCCUCCUCUGGAGUUCAGUGACUGCUAUCUGGACAGUCCGGACUUCAGAGAGACUCUGAAAUGCCAUGAAUUAGAGCUGGACAGAACCAGCAAAUUCCUCAAAGAGGUGAUCAAAGAUGGCAACAGUGUCAUCACCGCAAUUAGGGGUUAUUCUGUUGCUGUGCAGAAGUUUUCUCAGACUCUCAGUAUGUUCCAGUUUGACUUCAUUGGUGACUCUCUGACUGAUGAUGAGAUUAAUAUUGCCGAGUCCUUCCAUGAGUUUGCUGGUCUCCUGCAGGAAGUGGAGCACGACAGGAUGAUGCUGGUUCAAAAUGCCUCAGAUCUUCUCAUCAAGCCUUUGGAGAAGUUCAGAAAAGAGCAAAUCGGAGUAAUGAAGGAGAAGAAAAAGAAGUUUGAGAAAGAGAGUGAAAAAUAUUACUCCCAGUUAGACAAACACCUAAAUCUCUCUGCCAAGAAAAAAGAGAGUCAGCUUCAAGAGGCUGAUGAUCUGUUAGACAGAGAGCGGGUGAACUUCUGCGAGUCCUCAGUGGAAUACGUUUACCAGAUCCAUCAGGUGCAGGACAAGAAGAAAUUUGACAUAGUGGAGCCUGUGCUGGCGUUUCUUCACAGCAUUUUAACACUCAACAACCUGACGGUGGAGAUGACACAGGACUUCAUGCCUUAUAAGCAGGAGCUGCAGCUCAGCUUGCAGAAUACACGAAACCACUAUGAGAGCACUCGUGAGGAGAUGGAGGAGCUGAUGAGGAGAAUGAGACAUCCGUCCCAGAUCUGUAAAAUGCACAACUACCUGCCAAUGGAGGGUUACCUGUACUGUCAGGAGAAGUGGGCUUUGGGCGUCACAUGGGUCAAAUAUUACUGCAAGUAUCACAAGGACGGGAGACUGCUAGUCAUGGUUCCCUGUGAACAGAAGCCUACAACUAAACAGGGCCCCACGCAGCUGACAUUGAAGUCCUGCAUCCGCCGGAAGACAGAGUCCAUAGACAAGCGCUUUUGCUUUGACGUGGAAAUUAUCGAGAGAAACACGCCUGUUACUUUCCAGGCACUUUCAGAGGAGGACAGGAAGAUGUGGAUGGAGGCCAUGGAUGGAAAAGAGCCUAUCUAUCAUUCCCCAAUUCACAAACAAGCUGAAAUGGAGCUGAAUGAAACUGGAUUCAAGUUUGUGCGAAAGUGCAUCAACUACAUUGAAUCGAAAGGAGUGACACAAGAAGGAGUGUACAGAACAGUUGGCAGCAACAUCCAAGUGCAGAAGCUUUUAAAUGCUUUCUUUGACCCCACAAACCCAGCAGACGUGGACCUCCACAGCAGCGACUCGGACAUUAAAACCAUUGCAAGUGCAUUGAAGUUUUAUUUAAGGAGUCUGUCUGAACCUCUGAUGACCUACGGUCUUCACAGGGACCUCAUGUGUGCUGCAAAGUCAGAUAGUCUGGACUUUAGACUUAGUGAAAUUCAUUCCCUCACCUACAAACUACCAGAGAAGAACCGGGAGAUGCUGGAGAUGCUCAUCAAACACUUGGUCAAUGUUUGCAGCCACAGUGAUGAAAACCGCAUGACUCCCUCCAACAUGGCUGUCGUCUUCGGACCCACACUGAUGAGAGCGAAGGAGGAGACAGUGGCAGCCAUGUUGGAUAUCAAGUUCCAAAACAUUGUCGUUGAGAUUCUUAUCGAGGACUACCAAAAGAUCUUUAGUUAUAUGCCAGAGGACAGCACCGCCCCACCUGUCCCUCCUCCGCGGAUCACCCCGAGAAAGCGGCAGCCCAUCACAAUCUCCAAGCGGCCAGCUCGUGUUUUUCAAGCGCUUAGUCACGACCAAUUCCAGAAAACAGAGAAUGGCCAGAACGAAGGCUCAGUCACCGCGAACCCGGUUCCCUUGCAGCGGACAAAACCUGUAAGCUUUCCUCCAAUGGUUCCAAAAGAACCUCCACCGAGACUACCAAUGAUGCCCCGACCCAGACAUUUGGACUCUGACGCUGGGAAGAUAGAAGAUGCCAGACAAAGGCCAGAUUCCUCUUCAGCUGCAAAUGGAGAAUCUGGAGUGUAUGUGAGCCGAGUCCCAUCAUUCCAGAGCAGAAGACCAUCUCCAAAGACCACAUCCGCCCACAGAGAAGGAGAUUCUGAAGGUCUGACGAGAACAAGGUCUGCAGAGAAACCUGCCAUUUGUCGACCCCCGGUCAGGCCUCCCGAGCCCCCGUCCAGACUCCCCCCUCCACAGAAGCCUCCGAGUGCAGCCAGCAGUGAGGCCACACCCACUUCUUAUGUUGCCUCGAAAGCAAAGUUUUUUGAAAAUGCCUCCCGGUAAGAAGGAAGUUUGUGAGCCAAUGGCAAAUUUCCAAAAAAAAGAGAACUGAAGUUGAGGAGCUGAACACCGCAUCAUGUGACCUGCCUGUGUGUGUGUGUGUGACCUGAGGACCUGAACUCAUAUCCUACUUCACUGAGGAAAAUGACCCUGAACAGUAAAUAAGGAUAACAACUAUGUUGUAAACAACAUGGAAUCAAACUGAAAUGUAAAUGAGCUUGUACUGUCACUGGCUCAGCGUUUUAAAGUUGGGACAGUUAAGUAUUUCUUUCCUUCCCCAUCACUUACACUCCAAUAUUUAGUCAUUUUACAGUUCAACAGAAACUAACUGUUGUGACUGGUUAUGUCUUGUAUACCAUCUUAACACUCAGUAGUGUAACCAAAGUGUCCCAAAAAAAAUUUAUUAAUUCAAAUUGAUACGUAAAAUGAAUCACUUGAAUGGAUUCAUAAUGACCAGUUUGAUAAUUAUUAUUAAUUUUAAAAUGUGACAUAUUUGGUCUAAUUAAUUUAUAGAUUUUGUAAAAAUCAUUGAGACAAAAUCAAUUUUAUGUAUUUUUUUAUUGAAUGUGCUUAAAGAUGAGCAACUGCUAAAUAUGCUGUUACAGUAUUAAAAAAAAGAAGAUUUCAUGUUACGCUCUUUGUCAAAAUAAACAAAUGAUUUGGUGUGCAAUAUUAAUCAUCACAGUUACAGCUCAAACAUAGUUCACUUUUCAAAUAAUUAAAAUAAUAUUUGCUAUAUGAAGUGCAGGUUUGUAUUACAGUGUAUAAUUUACACUGAAAACAAAGUUAUUGUGUUAAACGCAGGGAAAAACCCCCAGAUUGACUUGUUGACAUUCCCUGACCUCUGACCUGACUAGUCAGUUUGUACAGGUUGUGUAGUUGUUGUCAUUUUGUAAAGAGUGAAAAUAACCUUUAAUAGUUUUGCUCUUCAAAUGGAUUAUGGGAUAAAAAAAAAAAGUGGAUCAAAAAUGAUUGCUACGACAUGACAAAAACACUUCAGCAAAAACAUGUUUUUGUUUGUUGAAUUUUAUUAUAUAGAAAAUUAUAAUGUUUGGUUUAAAGGUGUUUUUUGUAAAUUCAUUUGAAGAGCCAAACCUGAACUCUCAGGUUGCUGUCUGGUUUCCAAAAAGUUAAAUAAAUAAAUAAAUAAAUAAAU